AUGUCUUCUGCUGAGAAUAUACUCGUCAAUGCCCAAAUUUGUGCUCGUUCUUCUUGGCAGACCAUUCGGCGAACAUUUCAAAAUAUUCCCAGACUAAAGAGAUGCUUUUAUUUCUUUAACUUGAAGAAAGGCUGUAGUCUUAUAGCCACUUUUGAGGCCAUUAUGAGCGUGACUCAGAUCUGCAGUUUUUAUCAUCUGGUCAACCAGUCAAUUCCAAGUGCAAUGUUUCCAGAUCCCUUUUGGGUCACAAGAAUCGACAGAGAUGGCAUUAUCAAAAGGUUGUUUCUUUAUCACACAAACCACCAUUUUCGCAUGGGCCUCGCUUUGGUUACUGUACUCAAUUCGAUGAUCCUCUUCAUAGGAAGUAAAUGGAGGAUCUACGUUUGCCUAUAUCUUUGGAUUUACAUUUCGCUCUUCACUACUCUUAUGACGAAUAUAGAUUAUACUUUGCGCAAUAUUUGUGUAAAGCAGUUCUUGCUAACAUUACCCUCAAUAACAAUUGAAACCUAUUUCGCGAUGGUGGUUGGUUCAUUAAUUUCCAAGAUUCAAGAAAAAUAUUGUGAUUGUAACUCAGACAUUGAAGUGCUCUCCUCAGAGAGCGAGGAACUAUAG